AUCUCGUCCGAAUCAGAACGCGUCGACUUCGACAACCUAAGGACUCAAUCAUCCCGGCCAUUGACCGACUUCAUUCAAGCCCGGAGUCCUGCUGCGAGGCUGUAGAGCGUUGGCAACAAGCGCUGACUGAUAGGUACGACUGGUAAUCGUUGGUGCUAGUGCGCGCGCGACGGGAAACGGGCAGCCAUGGCGACCGGAGUCGACGCGAAGCUGCUCAAGAGCACAAAGUUUCCGCCCGAGUUCAACCAGAAGGUGGAUAUGCAAAAGGUCAAUGUGCAGGUCAUGAAGAAAUGGAUCGCCAACCGAGUCACGGAAAUCCUUGGGAGCGAAGACGACGUCGUCAUCGAGCUCAUCUUUGACCUGGUCGAGGGCAGCCGCCAUCCCGAUAUCAAAUCCAUGCAGAUCCAGCUCACCGGCUUCCUCGACAAAGAUACACCGACGUUCUGCAAGGAGCUUUGGAAGCUGCUUCUUAGCGCGCAGACUAGCCCCCAAGGCGUUCCUAAGGAGUUGCUCGAGGCCAAGAAGCAGGAGUUGAUGCAGGAGAAGGUGGGACACUUGCACCGGAGCGUCAUACAUAUCGUACAUAUGGACAUGGGCUGA